ACGCCUUGCCCCAAAACAAUCUGCCUCCUGGAGCUCCGAUUCCAUAUCGCCGUCAGCGCUUAUCUGUCGUUACUCUAGUGGCUCCUUACGAAUUCCAGUGCGCCCCUCUGGUCGCCUUAUUGGUACCUUGCGUAGCUUCAACGAACGACGCCACCAGCUUGCCCCCAGCCUUCUGCGCUCCCUCUGUCGACUUUCACCGAUCACCCUUCUUCUCUCAUGGCGAAUCGCCACACAAUUAUUUUAAUGCAGAACUCUCAGAGCAGGGCAACUAGAACAUUUAUGGAUUAUGAGUCGAUAAGUCAGGCAAUGGAUGGUAUCUGCGCUUUAUAUGAAAGGAAGCUUAAGGAGAUAAAUCCGGCCGUCAGAAAUCUCUCAUAUGAUAUUGCUGAUCUCUACAACUUCAUAGAUGGUCUUGCAGACAUGAGUGCUCUAGUCUAUGAUCAUUCAAUCCAAGCAUACCUGCCUUAUGACCGACAAUGGAUUAAACAAAAGACCUUUCAACAUUUGAAGAAAUUGGCUCAUUGAUUGAUGUAUGAAGUACCUGAGACCUCAAAUUGCUGGCAAUCUUAAAUGUAAAGAGAAUUAUAGAGUGUCAAUGUGGGGUAUAGAUGUGAUGGGUAUGCUGCGUAGUAGGAAAGUGUUGCUUUCAGCCCAUAUUUUUAUCUGAUACGUUUUGUAGGCGUUGAUGAAGCGUAAGACGAGAUAACAGCUAUCGGCUUGGUUUUCUAUAUCCUCACCCCCAACACUAUUUAGAAAACUUGGCCUUGUUUGGAUUCUGGAGUGUGUGCUAUUUAAAUGGUGCAUUUGCUAAAUCUGAGUUCAGUCACCGACUGACGCAAUUAUGUUGCGCA